UUAUCCAUAUGGAUCCAGUUAUUUUAAUCAUGCUGAAUUUGGAUGGUAGCUGGGACAGUGAUUACAAUUUUAAUUGUAAUGACAAAUUUGGUAUGCACAUCCGUUAUUCUGCCAAAUUUGGUGAAUUUGUGUCUGAACUUUCUUCGAUACUAAUUAAAUACAAAUCUCAUAACCAUUUCUCAUUGUCUUAUAUGGUUGAUCAAUGUCCUCCACCGGUAUGUAUCCAUGAUGAGGAAAGCUUCCGUUUCUUCCUUGAUCUUAAGCUUCUUCAAUAUGAUAUUCACAAAUACCCGUUGUGUGUGGAAUUUCCAAGCGAUAUUGCCUAUCCGCGCAUCGCUUCUGUAUCACACGCUGAUGUGUUUCACAGUCCUGUUUCAUCACAAGAAACAUGUCCUAAUCCCCACCAUUCUGCCAUUACGACCAACUCUAAAGAGGGUAAUUAUUCCAAUGGUGAUGACCAUGUACAGAAUGCUACAGACUGCAUUCCUCUUGCUGAAUGCAAUGAUGAUUCAUAUUCAAGCCCCUGUUCUGACUCUAUAUGGCCUCCAUCACCUCGUUCCCAUUCAUCUUCUUCUGAGAUAUAUUAUCUUCAUCAAAAUUCCGAAGUGAUCACUCAUUAUCAUCCCACUCAGAUAACUGUCGACGAUAUUUAUCAGUCUAAGGCAGACCUUAUCCACCACUUAAUGUUGUACGCCAUAGAUAAUGGUUUUCAAUACACAACGCGCACAUCAAAGAAAACUCAGUUGCACGUUGUUUGUAAAGGUGAGGAAUGCAAAUGGGCUGUGAGGGCAGUUAAGCUACGUGGGGUCCAAAUGUUUCAAAUCAGAAGGUUUGAUUCAUCCCACUCAUGUUCGGUCGAUUACAGGCAAGGGAAGCAUCGCCAAGCAACAUACCGCACUGUUGCAGAACUCAUUUCCCAUAAGUACUUGGAUGCUUCUAGAAAACCAUAUGUACCAAAUGAGAUACGUGAUGACAUGAGGCUCAUGCAUGGCAUCUCCAUGUCAUACAAGAAGGCAUGGAAAGCUCAAAAGUUGGCAAUGCAAAAGCAAUUCGGAUCAGAUGCUGAGUCUUAUCAGAUUUUACCUUCGAUGGCGCAUAUGCUCAAGAAUGCCAAUCCAAGUUCAUUUGUGGAUGUUACAACAGAUGAUAAUGACGUGUUUCGUUAUUUUUUCAUGUCACUUGCAC